CAACUUCAGAGAGAGGGAAGUACUGUAUGCUGUGGUCGCAAAAAAAAUCACUCGGAGUUCGGAGUACAUUGGUUUUCUACUCCGAUUAGUCGGACUGGCUUGUGAUUGUUUUCAAGCGAGGACAUCGCAAAGAGCAUAAAUUAAAACAUACAAAAUGGCAUUCGGUGGCACGCUGUAUAAUCUCGUUCUCAAACGCACGUCCACGUUCACGAUCGCCGUUUUAGCUUCCGCCUUCGUAUUCGAAAGGGCAUUCGAUGUGGCCGCCGACGAGAUUUUUGACACUAUUAACAAAGGGAAACUAUGGAAGGACAUCAAGCACAAGUACGAAAAUUGAAUGGAAUUUUUUAGGAACAAUAUGUUAGAUCUAUAUUAUUUAUAGAUAUAUAUUCUAUUUCCGGAUAUGUAAAUAAAUAACAAAUUAUGUGAAC